AUGAUACAUCAGCAGAGGCACGCCGGAACUUCCCCCCACGGGAUUCUACUAGCGGCGGUGGUGGUGGUGGUGGCGGCGUUGAUCGUGGUGCCGUCCUAUGUAGGUGAACAAGUGGAGGCCAUAAUCGAAGCCUUCAGGGCGCUUUUGAGCCAGUUGGGUUUUCUCCUUCUCCCCAUUAUUCUCCUCGUGAUCAUCAUUCAGUUCCUGUCUUCCAAUAGCGGCUCCUUCGUCUCCUCGUUCUCGACCGGGGAUCCCUACACCACACACAGCAUUGGUGGCUCGCCGUCGCCGGUUGGGGUUGCCUUGGUUCUCUGCCUCGUUUUAUUCCUUCUUCACAACAAGGUUUCGAUCUUCGGCGGCGGCGGUGACAACGAAGGGGAGGAGUAG